UUUUCCACUGCUCAGAUGUCUUCUUCCUUCUUUUCUCCUUCUUCCGCUUUCCUUUUUCCUCACUCUCUAUUUAUUCAUUUUUCUCCUUCCAUUUUCUACCAUAACUCAAUCUUCUUCUUCUUCUUAUUCUUCUUCAACAACAACAGCAACAACAAUGGGCAGCAUUGAAUCAGAAAGAACUGUUACAGGUUUCGCCGCCAAAGACCCAUCUGGAAUUCUCUCUCCUUAUACUUACACUCUCAGAAACACCGGUCCCCAAGAUGUUUUCAUCAAAGUCAUUUGCUGUGGAAUCUGCCACUCUGAUCUUCACCAAGUCAAGAACGAGCUCGGCAUGUCCAAUUACCCCAUGGUUCCUGGACACGAAGUUGUCGGAGAAGUGGUGGAGCUUGGAUCGGAAGUGGAUCGUUUCAGAAUUGGGGAAUUGGUUGGAGUUGGGUGUAUUCUUGGAUCUUGUUCCACUUGUAGUCCUUGUAACACCGAUAAGGAGCAGUACUGUCAUAAGAGAAUCUGGACUUAUAAUGAUGUGUAUCACGACGGCCGUCCCACCCAAGGCGGUUUCUCCUCCGCCAUGGUCGUCCACCAAAAGUUUGUUGUAAGAAUCCCAGAAGGGAUGUCGCCGGAGCAGGCGGCGCCGCUGCUGUGCGCGGGAGUGACGGUGUACAGCCCAUUGAGUCACUUUGGACUGAAACAGAGUGGGCUAAGAGGCGGAAUUUUGGGAUUGGGCGGCGUUGGACAUAUGGGUGUGAAAGUGGCAAAGGCUUUGGGCCAUCACGUGACGGUGAUAAGCUCGUCGGAGAAGAAAAGAGAGGAGGCUCUGGAACAUCUCGGUGCCGACGAUUACUUGGUCAGCUCCGACAAGGCUCAAAUGGACAGAGCCAUUGACUCACUCGAUUACAUUAUCGAUACCGUCCCUGUUUUUCAUCCACUGGAGCCAUAUCUGUCACUGCUAAAACUCGACGGCAAAUUGAUCUUGAUGGGUGUCAUUAAUACUCCAUUACAAUUUGUUUCCCCUCUCCUUAUGAUCGGGAGGAAGACGAUUACAGGGAGCUUCAUCGGAAGUAUGCAAGAGACGCAAGAAGUAUUGGAUUUCUUUAAAGAGAAGGAACUGACGUCCAUGAUUGAAGUGGUAAAGGUUGAUUACAUAAACAAGGCUUUGGAGAGGUUGGAGAAGAACGAUGUUAGAUACAGGUUCGUGGUCGACGUUGCCGGAAGUAAGAUGCCUGAGUGAAAGUGAAGGUGAUCGGCACCGGAGAAUGUGGAGGGAAAAGAGAGGGGGAGUUUAUAUUGUCUUUUGGGUGGUUGAUAAAACCAAUUAUAAAUGCUCUUGUACUAUGAAACUUGAAUGAACAUGUUCGUUUUGUUUGGUUUUACAUUGUUAAGAGCUCCAAGAUUUUGUGGUUCGUGAUGUUGAAAAAAGAAAGAAAAGAUUACUGUUUAUUCCA